AUGAACUUAUCUCCCCUGCCAGGAAUCAGCCAGGACACGGCCUGCGACUGUCUUAUCAAGGCAAAGAGUGGCUACUGCUCCGACCCAGCAGCUCUGACCGACUGUCAUUCAACGUGCACUCAAGUCAUUCACGAAGUCAGUUGUGGACAGCCCCCAUCCGCCCCAAACACAGAGCUGACAGUCAAGAACACAAGUUACGGGGAUACAGCCAACUACACUUGUACACAAGGAUACACCUAUGAUGAAGGGGAUAUGAUCCUGACCUGUGGGUCGCAAGGAUCGUGGGUUGGAGUUUUGAUGUCUUGUAUCAAAGUAGACUGUAAACAACCGCCAACGGUUCCAAACACCGAUGUCACGGUGAACAAAACCAGUUACGGUGAUACAGCCAACUACUCUUGUAUCCAUGGAUACGCCUAUGAGAAAGGUGACACGACCCUGACGUGUGGGUGGAACGGAACCUGGACCGGCGUGUUGUUGUCUUGUACAAGAGUUUCCUGUGGGAAGCCACCCAAUGCAACCAACGCUAGUGUCAACACAACAGGCACUCUCUAUGGAGACACAGCUACCUACACUUGUCUGCCUGGCUACACCGUCGUGCACGGAGACAAGUUCCUUAAAUGUGAUGCUUCUGGCGACUGGGUCGGUGCUCCUCGUCACUUGUCAAAGAGUUUCCUGUGGGAAGCCACCCAACGCAACCAACGCUAG